AUGAGCCCAAAUACGUUGGCUCCUAAUGACAUCCUCACGGAUGACAAUUACUUCAUGUGGGAAUUUAAUGCACGCAUGACACUCGCGCGCAAGGAUCUUUUGGAUCACGUUUUGAUUAAGCCAGAGCCGGCAGUGCUGCGGGAGAAUCCCGGAUGGAAAGUCGCCGAUAUGAAGGCUCUGGCUGUACUGGUGAAGCUACUCUCUCCAACCUAUCAGUGCAUGGUUCGGGAAUGUGAGUCUGCGUUUGAAGCUUGGGAGGUUCUGAAGACGUUCUUUGCGAAGAAAAAUCUUCACAACCGAGUGCAACUUCGGAAAGAAUUACAUGAAUUUGUGAUGGAGACUGGUGCGAGUCUUAUGGACCAUCUACUAAAAUUUGAUGAGCUGUGUCUCAAGCUCGGAGCUGCCGGUGACAGCAUGGAUGAUGAUGAAAAGAUAGUUUUGCUUUUGGGAAGUUUAUCAUCCGAAUAUGAUGAUAUGGUGCGCAUCAUUGAGGCGCACAGCAACGUGACGCUGUUAGACGCAAAAGAGAUGCUCCGCCGGGAGUAUGACACUCUUCAGAAGCGAGACAAGAAGGAAACCGCUUUUAAGGCACACGCUCAACGUAAUGAACCUCGACGCUUUCAAAGUAACCGAGGACACCGUGGUCAAGAAGAAAAUCGAGAUCGCUACCAAACUUCGAGGAAAGGAAAAGCUUAUGCGAACAAGAAACUUGUGUCUGUAGCAGCGUUGACGGCCCGAGGCGUGCUUGUUCAGUUCAAGCGUGAUCAAGCAGUUUUGAUAAGUGACGACGUGACUGUAGCAGUAAUUAAACGAGUGGGAAAGCUGUUUGCGUGGAAUGUAAAACAACAUAUCACGUUAGAGGCACACAAGGCUGAGAGCAGUGGUGCGAUAAAUGACACUAGUGGACUGUGGCAUGCUCGCCUCGGUCAUGUGUCUACGAAAAAGAUUAUGCAAGCGAUGAAGUCUUGCGAUGCCCGUUCAGUCAUACUUCAGGAAGUGAAGUUAAAACAAGUCGACCACUUGAGGUUAUACACACCGAUCUUAUGGGACCUAUGA